AUGAUAUGGGCCAAUUGGACUUAGAAUACGUGAAAGGGUAUGAGAGCGAUAAAAGCGACGAAACAACUUGUCGGGUUAGGUUGGAGCGGUUUGGACCUACUUCGAUGCGAAACGGGCCAACGACAAAAGUUCAUCGCUCUAGCCGUGACUUACGUGUUAUUUUGGUGAAAAAAUGUAGUUUGGGCUCUCGAAAUCGGUCUUCAUAG